CACAGAUAGAUACAUACAUACAUACAUACAUUCAUAUACAUACAGAUAGAUAGACAGACAGAUAUAUACAUACAGUAUAUUGAUUAGAGUGAAGAAACCAAUAAUACAGUUUCUAUUAAAAAAAAGAAGCUCCCACUAAAAAAACAGCGAGGGGAAAAAUAAAAGUCUCAAACACCAUCUCUACCGUUCCCUUAUUCUGUUCUUAUUCUGUUAGUCUCUUAUUCCCUCAUUCUAUCUCUCUAAAGACACGCCGACAUGGAACAUAAACAGAAUCACCACCGCAGCGAAUAAACAACGACCACAAGAGGUAGUAGCGUUACUGCUAAUAUUUACAACGUUGAAAAGAACUGCUGCUGCUGCUGCUGCUACUACUACUACUACUACUAAUAAUAAUAAUAAUAAGAAGAAGAAGAAGAAGAAGAAGAAGAAGAAUUAUAUAUAUAUUUACAUGCAUACAUGCGUCUGUUUUACAUGCGUGUAUAGAUAAACAGAGAGACAUAGAAAGAUAGAUUGAUAGACAAACAGAUAGAUAGGCAGAGGGACAGGCAGACAAAUAGACAGACACACACACACACACACACAGAUAGAAAGAUAGAUUGAUAGAUAGAUAGCCAGACAGAUAGACAAAUAGAUAGAUAGAGAGAUAGAUAGAGAGAUAGAUAUUUAGAGGCAAAAUAGAAAGAGAGAGGCACACAUAAACACAAAUUAAAAGUUCGGAAGAAAAAUAAAUAUUGUGAAAAAAAACGAAGUCGUGGACCGAGAGAAGAAGAAGAAGAAGAAGAAGAAGAGUUUGAUUUAAAGGGAAGAAGAGGAAGCGGCGGCUGCAGCGGAGGCGGUGACUAUCGUCGUUGUGGUUGGUGUAGUGGUGGUGGCGGUGGAGGUGGUGGUGGGAGAGGAACGGCAACAGCAGCAGCGGUAGCAGCAGCAGCAGCAAGCGCACGGAAAAAGCAAAAAAAAAAAGUAAUAAAAUAAUUCAGAAAUUACAUAAAAACAGGGAGCAAAAUAAAUAAAUAAUAAAAUCAUAAUAACAAUAAAUAAAUAUAGAAAUAAAAGAAAAGGAGAAAGAUAGAAAAAAAAAAGCAACUCGACGGCUGGUCCAACACGAGAGAGAGAGAGAGGGGGUGAGAGGGUGAGAGAGAGAGUGGGAGUGUGUGUGUGAGAGAGAGAGAGAGAGAGACGCCUUCCUGUUUGGAACUCGGCACACACCUGCGUAGUGGCGCCGUUGAAGUCUUGGAUACUAUGUCAUAUCCCCAAUUCGGAUAUACCUACCCGUCAACAAACAACUCCAUAUCUUCCACACAGCUCUUGAUGUCCGGUUCGACCGCGACAUCUAUAUCAGGAUCAACUUGCUGUGAAAACGGUCGACCGCUCGUGACAGACCCGCAUACAGGACAAACAGUCUGUUCGUGUCAGUAUAGUUCUCCAUCCAUUCUCUCCUAUCCGCGAUUACCAGAGACAAUGUACGGAACAUCGCCGUAUGCAACCCAAAGUUAUGUGCCCUUGGGUACAGAUACCUCAGCAUUCUACUCACCAUUGAACACAUCAUAUGAACUAAAAGACAGCACUGACGCCUGGCGGGGGAUCACUCAAUCAGGAGCAUGUUACCCAUACGAACCUUCAAUGACGUAUUCUUACGGUGGAACGUAUGGAACGAUGGAUUUAAAUGGCGCUGCCCGGAGGAAAAACGCGACUCGUGAAACUACGAACACUUUAAAAGCAUGGCUUUACGAACACCGAAAAAACCCCUACCCAACGAAAGGAGAGAAAAUUAUGUUGGCUAUAAUCACAAAAAUGACCCUUACCCAGGUGUCCACCUGGUUUGCGAAUGCCAGGCGAAGACUUAAGAAAGAGAAUAAAAUGACGUGGUCCCCUCGGAAUCGUUGUGGUGACAAUGAUGACGGAGACGGUCGAGAUAAAGCUGGUGACAGCGACAGUGAUGAUCUUAAGGAGAAAGAUGAGAAUAUGAAGAAAAUCAACGGACUGGACACCACUGACAAUCAAGAGUGCAGUCGCCGAGCAAAAGACAUUGUGUCACAUUUGGAUAUGGAAAAGAAUGUUCAGAACAUGAUACCAGGAUCUCUUCAGAGCAGUCCAACCUCGUCCCCGCUUCCGACUGCCAGCACCCGCCAUAGGUUAGAAUACUCCGAUACAUCGCGACCUACGGUCAGUGAGUCGCCGUGUGCAAGCAGCAACGACUCGGCCCUCAGUGAUGAGGCAAACAUCCUGCUGAAGAAUUCUCACGAUCACAGCGAUGGCUUGAAGCCUCGGAUAUGGUCGCUGGCUGACACAGCCACCUCGUCAGCGGGUUUGAUGAACCGAGGUGUCACCGCGCCUCUCACACAUAUCCAUAUGAACAAUAAAAACAUGCCUACUUCAAGCCAACCGCCUCUUUUAGCCGCGACGUCAAGCACAAGCCUACGAGGUUGGCUUGGCAAUUCCUUCGCUAACCCAAACACCAGCUUCACGCCUGCCGUAUCAGCCAUGUAUACUCUCAAUAGCCAGAGACUGAAUGACAGUACAGUAGGCAGUAAUCUAAGCCAGAUGCCACCUGUUGCUACUGGCAACAAUACAUCGACGGCCACUUCUCACCUAGUGCGGCCCUUUGCGCAGGUCAAUUCCUUAUAUCCAACUGCUAGAGACAUAUCGCAUCUACGACCAACCGACGGCAUCUUACAGAAUAGCAUCAACAAUUUAAGUUCGUAACGCUGUCACAAUACAAAAACAACCAUUUAAAGAUUCGUUGAGUUGAUUUGAUUAAUUAAUUAACAAAGAAACUGCCACAAAGUAAAUUAAAACAAAUUUAAAAGAUAACAAGAGGACAACAACAACAACAAAAAUAAACAACAACAACAACAGAUACUACUACUGCUACUACUACUACUACUACUACUACUACUACUACUACUACUAUAAAUGUUGUCGCUAUUGUUACUCCAGUAACAGCAGCCGAAAUAUAUCAAAUACACCAGAAUUUAAUGACGGGGAUAUAUAUAUAUAUAUAUA